AUGGAUAAUGUAAAUGUAUGUAUUUUACGAUUCUGUUCUAAUCAAAAUUAUCAGGGUGUGGAGAACACUGCGGCAGUUGUAAUCUAAUUAACGGUUGCGAAUUAUGCUAGGCGCAAAUUCAAUCAAAGCCUUGGAAUGCAUCUUUAAGCAUUGAUACAUCAGCUUCAUUUUGGGGAUCCUUUGGAAUUUGUCAAAAUUUAUCCACAGACUGUUGUAAGUAUAAUGAGAAAUAACUUUAUUUUAGCCAAGUACUCAUUGACUGGUAAUACGGGUUAAUGCAUGGAGCCAAUAAAUGAUAAAAGUUGUGAGAUUUGCUAAUCAGGUUUUGAUGAAUUUUUACUGUCUGGUAACAAUAUAUGUGGAGAUUGUUAGUCACAAACUGGGUUUUACUCUGAAGGAAUAAGAUGCAAUCUAAAUAGUUUAACCACUGUAUAAGCUAUAACUGGAUGUCAGUAUGGGUUGGCAACAUAUAAUAGAAGGGGAACCCUAGAAUCAUCAUACUGUGUAGCAUGUAAUCCAACUUGCUUUGAAUGCGCAUCAAAUGGAGAUUGUCUAAUUUGCAAGCUAACAUAUUAUCUUUCGACUAGGGGAUUUAGAGAUAGAUCUUAUGGUAUAUGUUUAAAAAAGAAUUCCUUAGCUCUAACAGAUAAGAUCUAUGUGAAUAGUUUAAAUUCACAAAAUUUGAAUCCUGUUAAUACUAUCAAUGGCAGUUACUCAAACGCAUACAACACGAUUCAAGAUGCAAUCACUAGAGCAAAUGAGUUAGGUGCCCCUUAUUUUAUUGCUUCAAUCACUAUAAUAUUAAAACUAGGAACUCACGCGAUGCUUCCAGUAGACAAACCAAUAUACUAACCUAUUUUUUAAGAUAUUACAUCAGGAGCUACUAUUCUGAUAUUUGAUACCGAAGAUGGAUCAAUUAUCAAAGUCAACUAUAAGCUUGGGGAUAAAUGGACAUUUCAAAUAUAGAGAGGAAUUACAAUGAAUAACCUUCACUUUGAUGCUAUCGAUUCAAUACUAAGCCAUGAAGAUGAUUCUACAGGUUGCCUUUCUAACGGAUUGACUUCCUGCUGUCAAACUGACUAUAAUAUCAAAGAUAUUAUCCCUAAAAGAACUUGUAUCCUAAAAGAAAAACCGUAAUUUAAUUUCUAUCUAAUAUUUUCAGUUCAGAAAAUUGCUACAUUGCAGGAGGAGGGGGCUCAUUAUUCAAAUUUGAUUAUAAAUUGUAUUUUUGAGAACUUUAUCUACGAUUUCAACUCUUUCAUUGAGAUAAACAACAAAGUGGGUUAUAUCACUAUUACUAACAGUCAAUUUAUAAACUUUAAUACAUGUGGAUCAAUUGUCAGAAAUAAGAAAGUUUACUUCAAUCGUACAGAUAUUACACCAAACAGCUUUGAAAAUGCUUACCUAUUUAGAACCAAUAACUUUCAGUAUCAAGCAUCAAUGACAUUAGAAAAUGAAUUAGCACCCUAUUAUCCAUUUGGAAUUACAAUAUGCAAUCUGACUAAUCCAUUCAGUAGACCUUGCUUAAAUUUGAUUAUCUAAGGCUCUUCCUUCAGAAAUUUUGGUUUUCUGAAAGUAAAAAGAACUUCUCCGUUAUGGGUUGACCCUAAAUACAAGAUGCAAUUUAAUGGUAUGAUAGUUGAUCUAGAAGAGUUUAAGGGACACAUUUAAAUUUUAAACAAUUCUUUCAAAGAUAAUCAUGUCAAAUAUUAAACGUGUGAUGUUGGGAGAUAGAUUAAAAAUAUGGAUAAAUCAUAAUUUGUUGACAAUUUUCCUUCCUACGGCAACAAAUCAGUUAUUUAGUUGAAAUCUUUAAUUUCAAUAACUAAAUUUGAUUAUAUACUUGACAUCAUUGAGAACACGUUUGAGUAGAAUUCUGGUACUAGAGGACUAAUUAACCUUGAUUUGAAGCACAGAGCUCAAAGAGCUAUAAUUGCAAAAAACUUAUUCUUUAGAAAUUUCGGAUACUAUGAUACCAAUGUACUAUUUAUUCGAGGCCGAGGAAUGCCAAACACUUCAAUAUAUACUGCUCUUCCAGAUAAUAAUACGAUAUUUUGUGGAGGUUAUCUUAUUGACUCAAACAAUUUCACAUAAAAUGCUGGUUGUGUCUUAUACAGUGGAGGUUCUGUUUCGAUGCAAUGUGUAAAUGAUAAUGCUACAUAUAUUACAAGCAAUGAUUAGUAUGCUAUCGGUAGCAUUGCAGCAAUGAAAUAGAAAUAUUUGGUUUCCUAUAAUUUCCUUAAUGCUCCUUCUACAACUUAUUUGUACAAUAAGAUAACUUAUAGUGUAAAUUUCAGACAUACCUUAAUAUAAAACAACAAUUACAUUCAAAGUACUGUUUCUGGUGGAAAAGCCCUAGUUGACAUUACAUCAUUUCCAAGGCUGAUAAUCUUUAAUGAAUAUUAUGCUCAUGAUGGAGAUGCAUCAGUUGAGUUCAAUGAAUAUGUUUAGCAUAAAGAAUACAAUUCAAGACUAGCAUUACUUAAGAUUGGUAAAAUAAAUUACUUGAACAUUAGAAACAUCUCAUUUUAUAUGACUUGGAUAUUAGAGACAAUAAAUUAUGAUAGCAACAGAUCUUAAGCAAUCCAUUUAAAUUUUGUUGGAGCUAGUAUUUUGUUCACAGAUGAUAGAUCAAAUGGCAUAGCGAAUCCUUUAAUAAGAGUAGAUCCAGGUGAUUAAGCUCUAAUGUAUUAUACAUCUACUGCAAACUAAUUUACUUAUUUGACUACAAUGUUUUACUAUGUCCAUCCUCAAAACGUAAAUCAAUCAUAAAAUAUCUUUCCUAAUUUCUCAGAUCCGAAUGGAAUAUAUGCAACCACUGUAAAUAUUCAGAGACAUACAUUUGGUUGGUGGAUUUGCUGGUAUUGUAUAAAGCCCAUGCUCGAAUUUCAAACUGAUUAAAUGGUAAUUAGAUAAACAUUUAUAUACGAACAUAAUACAUUUUACACGGCUUCAUCUGCUUAUGGAACAGGGGUUAUUUUCAAAUUCUAUAUUAAAAAGCCUUACCUAAGCGGAGAUACAUUAAUAACACCAACAUUAACUAUUGAUAAUUUCAGAGUAGAAAAAUUAUAUACUGGCAAAAAUUCAAGGCUUAUUGAUAUCAGUUAUCUUCAAAAAGAGAAUGAUAUAGAACCAACUAGUUUCUAAGUAUAUCUAUGGAACCUUAUUGGUACAAAUGUCUAUGCUCUAGGAGAUGGUUCAUUUUUGAGAUUAGAUGUUGAUUCUAUCUAAGUAUAAAUAAUAAAAGCUAAUUUUACUUACAAUUAUGCAAGAUACUUAAUGUCAUAAACUGGCUUUGGAGGGUCUAUUUACAUUUAAUCAGCUGGUGUGCUUUUAAUAGAUUAACUUUAUGCAACUGAUCUAUUUGCUCCACAUUUAAUGGAUUCAAAAGUAGGAGGUGGAGGUAGGCUCCUUUAUUCAGCAAACACAGAAGAUAAUUUUACUUUUACAGCAUUUAUUUCACAGAACAAAUAUGACUAAGGAUCGGUAAUUACCCUAAAUGGAACUGGAUUAAUCUCCUCUGUUACCGUUUAUAACUCUAGAUUUCAAGAUUGUGCUCGAUCUUAAUCAGGAGCAAGUCUAAGAGUAGAAAACAAAGGAAUAACUAUUCUGACUCUUUAGAAUAAUUACUUUGGAAAUAUGAAUUCUCUUGUAGGAGGAGCUGUUUUCUGUAAAAAUUGCCGAAUUUUAAAUAUAUCUUAAAAUACUUUUGAUGAUGGAUUCGCAACUCAAGCCAUUGAUAUUUAUCUAGUAGAUCCUAUCGGGCCAAUAUUAUUAGAUUAAAACUAUCAUAAUGGCAACACUAAUCCAAGAGCAUUUCUAUCUUUGCCUGGAGGUUCUAUCAGAAUCAUUGAUACUAUAACUUCAACAUUAGAUUAUUAAGAAAGCUUGUAGAUUAAUUUACUAUCCUCAAAUAAAGAUAUUAAUAAUGGAUCAUUUUAGAAUUACAAAGCCUCUUAAGGAGCAAUCUUAAGUGUUAAAGCUAAUCGCUUAGUUACUAUAAAUGUAGAUAAUACUUAGUUUUCAAACAUUUAUUCAAAUUCUAUUAGUGGGAUGUUUCAUUUAGAUCUUAGCUUGGCUCAGCAAAUAUUAUUCAAUAUGUCAAAUUCAAACAUUAGUGUGUUGAAUUCAACUAGUGGUGCUAUUUUAUACAUCCCCUCUCAACAUUCAAGCGCUACUAUUUUGAUUGAAAGUUGUAUAAUAAAUUAAGUCACAGUAACGACUGGCAGUGGAGGGCUUUUCAAUAUUUUAUCAUAAGGUCAAAACCUCAUUGAUAUUUCAAAUACUCAAAUAACCUAAAUAUCAUCAGGUUCUAAUGGUAUCUUGUAUCAGAAAUGGAGGAGUAGUCUAUAUGUUUGGAAAUGA